AUGACGAUGGCGUAUUCGUCUUCUGUUCAGGUGGCUGCGGUGUUCGACUUCUGUAAUAUAUUUCUUGUUUUUGACUUUUUAAGCGAGACACUUGUUGAAGCUGCUGUGCUUGAAAAGGUUUGUUGGUUAGACGUGAAUGGAACGUUCGAGACGAAGGUACUGAUUCCAGGGACGACGUACGAGGUUGUGUACGUGGUAAAGUUAGAAGAUACAGCUUCUGGAUGGGAGACACCGGUGAACCUGAAGCUAACAUUGCCCAGCAAUAUGGAAAGGCCGCAAGAGCGGAGUGUGAGUUUGAAACCGCAUAUAGGGAAAUGGUGGGUCGAAAUACCAGCCGGUGAGUUCACAACGACGCCGCAGAAUGCCGGAGAGAUCAGAUUCUCCUUGUACGAGACGGCAUCCAACUGGUGGAAGGGAGGGCUCUUUGUAAAAGGUGUUGAGAUUCGUCCCAAGAACUAA